CUGGGUAUCAUCGCCUCCCCUUCGCUGCCCGGGGGGAGCGGAACUGACUUGCCCCAAGGCCACAAAAGCGAGUCGGAGGCAGAGCUGGGGCUAGGAUCGGGAGCUCUGGGUUCCCAGGCUUGUGCUCAGUUAACCAAAGCCUGGUGCCUGGUUUCCUGGUCAGUUAAUAGACCCCUGCGAGGAAUUUGCUGCAGGAUCACACUUGAGUCCACAUCCCUUUCUCCAUCGACUCCCAUUUAAAAUGUCGCAGAGAGUACCACGAACAGGCUGGGUGUACAGGAAUGUAGAGAAACCAGAGAGUGUAUCAGAUCAUAUGUACAGGAUGGCAGUCAUGGCUUUGGUAACUGAAGAUAAACAACUUAAUAAAGACAGAUGUGUACGGCUAGCUCUGGUUCAUGAUAUGGCUGAAUGCAUUGUUGGAGAUAUAGCACCUGCAGAUAACAUCUCCAAAGAGGAGAAACAUCAGCGAGAGGAGGCAGCUAUGAAACAUUUGACCCAGCUGCUAUCAGAAGGUCUGAGAAAAGAAAUCUAUGAACUCUGGGAAGAAUAUGAACACCAGUCUACAGCAGAAGCCAGAUUUGUAAAAGAGCUGGAUCAGUGUGAGAUGAUACUCCAAGCAUCUGAGUAUGAAGAGUUGGAAAAAAUGCCUGGAAGACUGCAGGACUUUUAUGAUUCAACUUCAGGAAAAUUUAAUCACCCAGAAGUCGUCCAACUUGUGUCUUCCAUUAAUAUAGAAAGAAAUAAAAAAAUAGCUGCUACAGCAAGUGAGCCAUGUGCUUGAUUAAUUUUAAAACUUCUGUAGCUAAAAUAAAAUAUUUAUUUUGCUGCUACAGCA